GAUUUCAACCACGUGAUCUUCCUUUCGUCUCGUGUGCUUGAAGAGGAAGGUACGUCGAUAAUAUUUUGCGCAAUUAUCAUCGAUAUAAUCAUAAAUAACUUCUCAAAUUACCUGUAAAAAGAUAUAUAAACUAAUGUUUACUAAUAUUUCAGUUAAUUCAAUCACGAUAAAUCGCAAAAAUGGUCGCUACCAAGAAACCGAAAAAGUCCAUGGAAAGUAUCAAUGCAAGACUUGCGUUGGUAAUGAAGAGUGGCAAAUUUGUUUUGGGUUAUAAGCAAACUUUGAAAACCUUACGUCAAGGAAAAGCCAAGCUCGUUAUUAUUGCUAAUAACACGCCAUCUUUGAGAAAAAGUGAAAUUGAAUAUUAUGCUAUGUUGGCCAAGACUGGUGUCCACCACUACAACGGAUCCAACAUUGAGUUGGGAACUGCUUGCGGUAAAUACUUCCGCGUGUGCACGAUGAGCAUCACCGAUCCAGGAGAUUCCGAUAUCAUCCGUACUUUGCCUUCUGAAAAUCAAUAA